AUGGAAGAGGAAAAGUUAAAAGUCAGCGCACCAUCUUUCAAAAAUCAUGGAUCACCAAGAAGAAAAAGCGUAAAAGAACCUAAGCCACCAAAAGAGAGUAUAAAAACUGGCAAUUCAGGUAUGAAGCUCGUUAGAGACAUCUGGUUGAACGAGUCGAAGAACAAGAAUUUUGUAUUCUCUCCGUUCUCAAUAGACAUUGCUUUGGGUUUACUAGCUGUUGGAGCAAGUGCUGAAACUUUAAAAGAGAUAUUAGGCUUUCUCAACUGUGAAAGCCUCGACCAUCUACACUCGCUGAAUUCUAAACUCAUCGACUCUUUUAGCAAAGCAGGAGCUCAACUGUCUUUCGUUGGCGGUGUUUGGGUCGACAAAUCUUCUCCUCUUAAACCUUCGUUCAAAGAAGUUACAAACAUAGUUUAUAAAGAAAAAGCCGAGACUGUGGAUUUCAUAAAUAGGAUAGACUAUACAAAUUAUAUAAUUAUAUUAUUUAGCACUAGUGAAACCGCAAGCGCGAUGCGCCUGCCGUAUGCCUGCUACUUGAACCUAAGAUUGCGCGUUGCUAACAGUUCUGUUAAAUAG